AUGUCUUCCUUUUCAAGGCUCGUUAGAUUCCUCGCCCACGACGGCCGCUCCUACUACGGCGAUGCCGUCCUCCCAGACGGCGAGACCGACAUCUCCAAGGCCCGGAGCGCGCUCAUCAUCGAGGGCGAUAUCUUCGGCCAGCACCGCGUCACCGACCGCGCCGAAGUGAUCCGCACGCUGCUGCCGCCGCUCGCCUCCGCGCACUCGGGCACCGUCCGCUGCCUCGGCCUCAACUACGCGGACCACGCCAAGGAGAACCAGCUUCCGGAGCCCAAGUAUCCAGUGCUCUUCUUCAAGCCGCCGACGAGCCUCUCGGGCCCGACAGACCCGAUCCCCGUGCCGCACAUGGCGCAGGAGAUGGACGGCCUCGACUACGAGUGCGAGCUGGUCAUCGUCGUCGGCAGGCAGUGCAAGGACGUGCCCGAGUCGGAGGCGCUGGACUGCGUGCUGGGCUAUGCCGUCGGCAACGACCUGUCGCACCGGGACUGGCAGCUGAAGCACGGCAACCAGUGGGCGCACGGCAAGGGGUUCGACGGCUGGGCGCCGUACGGGCCGGGCAUCGUGUCGUCCAAGCUGAUUGAGGAUCCUCAGUCGCUGUCCAUCUGGACCAAGGUCAACGGCGAGACAUUACAAAAUGGUAACACUGCCGACCAAAUCUUUGGCGUCAAGGAGACCAUCUCCCUUCUUAGUCGCGGCGUCACGCUGAUGCCCGGAGAUCUCAUCUUUACUGGGACGCCCGCCGGCGUUGGAAUGGGACGUUCGCCCCAACUGUGGCUCAAGGACGGCGACGUCGUUGAAGUCGGACUCGACAAUGUUGGUACAUGUGUCAACAAGGUCGAGUUUGCCAAGAAUUACGCCAAAAUUUAG